CAAGCUCGUCUUACAGUCUUUAAUGUACUCAGAUUUCAAAUUUAAUUAAACAGAACUUUUAACAAAAAAGUAAUCCAACUGUUCCUAUUUAUUUAUUUAUUAAGUGCUAACGUCUUGUACCGAGUUAUUUAAAUGUAAGACAUCUGUCGUGGAGUGGGAGGAUUUCAAAAUAGAAAAGUAUUUUCAUCGAGCAAUGUGAAAGUACUUGCUGUCGCAGCCGUCUUUGCAUUCGUUUUCUAUACAGUUGUGUGCUUUGUCGAACAUGUUAAAUGGUUCAACGCAAGUACUUGAGCUUCCGGAAAAUAAUCACUGUAGCAAAGAUGCUCUUACCAAUAUGCUGGGAUGGUUCCUACAAGUUAUGUUGGCCGGUCUCGCCUUCACGUGCCUUAUUUUAAAAAGAUUUUGUGAGCCAAGAUAUGAACGGAGACCAUGGUUGAUAUGGUUUUAUGAUACUAGCAAACAAGGACUUGGUGCGCUUGUUAUUCAUUUGGCAAACGUUUACCUAGCUAGUCGUUUUCAGGGUGAUCCCUGUACUUGGUAUAUAAUCAAUUUUCUUCUCGAUUCAUCAGUUGGUCUACUGAUUAUAUGGAUAGGCAUUAGAUUUUCCCAAUGCUUGGCUCGUACUAAACAGUGGGAAGCCAUCAACUUUGGAGAGUACGGUAAACCUCCGUCUGUAAAUGCGUGGCUAGCGCAAUGCAUUCUGUACGUGAUGCUGAUGAUAAUAGUAAAAAUAUGCAUUACAUUAUUAAUCCAGUUAGAUUUCUGGGAUCGAGUAAAGGACUGGAUACUGGCACCAAUCACGAAUCCUCAGGUAGAGCUCGCGAUCGUCAUGCUGGUCAUACCGUUCUUUGUAAACGCUUUGAUGUUUUGGGUUACGGAUAAUUUCCUAAUGCGAAAAUCCAGACACAUAAGUGCUGUCAAAGAUCCGUCCUUACUGCAGCGUGUUAAGAUUCGAUAUCGACGUAUUCGCAAGGAUAAACGAGAUGAAUCUGAAUCUGAUGUUUUAUUAUCAGCUGACGAGGACUUAUUAGAUGCUGAUGAUCAUUCUCAACAUUUAACAGUUGCCACGUAAUAGGAAAAAAAAAGGUUCAUGAUCAUUGGUAUAAGACUGCCAUUGUCGAAGUGGCAGCCAUUAUUUUGAAUUUUAUGUCUUCAAUAAGUGUCCAAGUUCUAAACUCGGAAUAUCAUUUUAUUUUAAGAUUUUUUCUACUUUUCCUUGAUCUGAGGUUUCUCAGAUUGAAUAAUUGUUGAACUUCAUCGAACAAAAAAUUUGUGCGAAACAUCAUGUAAUAAUAUUCUCUUCGUGGGAUAACAAUAACGUCAUGUAAUGGAUUAAAGUCGAAUUUAUUUAUAUAAUAAGCUUUUGCUGUGGUUGAUCAUGAUAGAUUUCUUGCAAUAAUUCGUGAAAUAACUUACUAAUUGAUCUACUGAAGCCGUUUGUCAUUUUAAUGUGUAUGAGACAAAUGAGAGAUAUUGAAUCUGCUGGACUAUAAUAUUAAUAGCUCAGAUAUAAUUCUGAUGAAGGAGAAUUUUUUUUAUUUAUACGUAAUACUAUUUUCCAUGCCGCUAUUAGUCCAAGUAUCAACGUACAUUAUACAGAAAUUAUUGAUUUCUCUAGUAUUAUUUACCUGUAAUGUACUCGCCCUUUCAUUCAUAUUAACGCGAUAUCGUACGCAGCUGCUGUCAAGCAAAAUAGAUAAAAUAUCAUAUUGAUGUAAAGAGACCCUUUCGAAAUUAAUUGGUUGCAAAAUGAGAUCCUUAAUUGGUUAUAACUCAACAUUUCGAACAAUUUUGAUGAAUUAAAAAUCGGGUUUCCAAGUUUUUCGACUAAUCCGACGAAGGUCUGAAGGGCUCCCUGAUAGUAACAUUUGUAUAGAAAUAUAACAAAAAAUGUCCAGUUGCAAUGAAAUAUGUAACCGCUGGUGAAUGGAAUUAUGAAUGUUGAUGAGUUCUCAAGAUAUCGUCAACAUACUAUGGGGUAAAUUGUGCUGUAUUUAUUUUCUAAAAACAAUGUAAUUAUCAUGCAUACAAUCUAGCUUGUCGCAUUAACGUAUGCUAGAGGGUGGAGUUCAAUCGCAAAUGAACUGUCGAAAUAGGAUGUAUAAAUUAGUUUUAUGUACAUAUAUAGCGAGAAGAAAGUAAUUCUAUCAUAUUUUGAAAUAUUAUUUGUGUCUGUGAUAAAAUGCAUAGCCAGAGCGCUUUGUCGAGACUUGAAUUUCAAUAUUACUUGAUUUAAAUUAAUUCUCUCUUCCUUUUUUUAUUCAAAUUUCCGUCCAGCAUACGACGAGAAAUUAAAAGUGAACGAUCCAUGACUCUGAAUUUUAAUCUUAUCUUCAGUAAGCAUCGACCAAAGAUAUAGUUUGAAAUAGAAAUAAAAGAAAUUAGCAGUAAAUUAUUUUGCGAUACGAUGAAAAAUCGAAUCGAUGUAUGUAAACUGCGUUUCGUUCAAAAAUAUAUACAUCUCGAGCAAUGAUGUAGAAGUUGAUAACAGAUUCUUACGAAGUACGUGGAACACAAUUGUAACACAGCUACAAAGUCGCAUAUCAGUAUAAAAAUGUAUAAAUAUAAUUUACUUUUCAAUAACAAUUAAUAAUAUUGAAAAUUAAAACGAUAUGGAACGUAUGUCGAUUUUAGGAAAAAAAUUCGAUCGAAUUUCAUGUCCAGCAAGACUAACCGAUUUAAAUAUAUUAUUGAAUUAUUUUUAAACGGCAAUGUAACAAAUGUAUUUAUUUUAAGCUUCGCAAGAUACAGGAAAUCAUAAUGUUUUACUAUAAAUCAUGUAUACGCAUUAUUGUCUGUUCCACAUGCUCUGUGUCACAUAAUUGGAACAAUACUGAGAUUAGUUAUAUUUUUAAAAUUAUAACAAUAACGAUUACGAUAUGUUAUAUUUUUAAUAAACACUAUUGAGAAAGAA